UCCCGGGCCUCGCCGCCCUCCGCCGCCACGUCUCCACCCCCGCAGCUACGUGUCGCCGACCAGAGCUUCCCCCAAUCCAUGCAAACACACAGCAGGGCUUCUGGGCUCGCAGGAUUGCAAGAACAUCCCUCUCCGUCCUGCUCUCCCGGCUGACACAUCCAUUCACUGGCACGGACAGGGUCUUGUCUUAGCUGAGUUCCCAGCCGACCAACAGAUUUGAGGAGCCGUGUGGGACGCCAUGGAUCUGGUGAACGGGUUGCUGAACUGGGUGGGGACGCCGGCCAUGGUCGCCAGCCUGUUGCUCUUCUACCCGCCCUACUACCUCUUCAAGACCUGCUACUCCUUCCUCUCCUGGCUGUUCCCCGAGGACGUCGCUGGCAAGGUCGUCCUCAUCACCGGCGCCUCCUCCGGCAUCGGCGAGCAACUGGCCUACCAGUACGCGAUGAAGCGGGCCUCCCUAGUCCUAGUCUCACGAAGGGAAUCAAGCCUCCGUCAGGUUGCCGACCGAGCAAUCGAGCUUGGUGCACGUGACGUGAUCGUUCUACCAGGCGAUGUCGCUAACCCUGAUGAUUGCAAGAGAUGUGUUCAGACCGCAAUCAGUCACUAUGAUAGAUUGGACCAUCUUGUGUGCAAUGCUGGCAUUGCGAGUGUGGGGGCGUUUCAGGAGAUUCCAGAUGUCAAAAACUACAGUUCCCAGCUUGAUGUGAACUUCUGGGGUUCAGUUCAGACAACCUUUGCUGCACUCCCAUACCUGAAAAGGAGCCGAGGGAGAAUCGUUGUCACCGCUUCUGCAACAGGAUGGAAUCCUGUCCCGAGAAUGAGCUUCUAUAAUGCUGCUAAUGCUGCACUGAUAAACUUCUUUGAGACACUGCGAACCGAACUCGGAAGCGAAAUUGGAAUCACAAUAGUAACGCCUGGGUGGAUUGAGUCUGAGAUGUCGAAAGGGAAAUACCUCAAGGAGCAAGGUGAAAUGGAGGUUGAUCAAGAAAUGCGCGAUGCUCAAAUUGGUUUGUUCCCAGUGGAGUACGCAAAGAACUGUGCCAGGGCCAUGGUGCAAGCGGCUUGCCAGGGUGAGCGCUAUCUGACCGUGCCGGCAUGGUUUAGGACAAUGUACCUGUGGAGGGUGUUUGCGCCGGAGAUCGUCGAGACCUGCUACCGCCUCCUGUACAUGCACGGCCAUGGCGCUAGGCAAACCGACGCCCCGAGCAAGACCAUGGCGGAGGGUGGUGGGAAGCAGCUGCUGUACCCACCUUCGCUGCGCUCCGACGACGUCAAGACCGACUGAGGUCCGGUGCACAAAGUGCAACUUGCUUGUAGGCUCUUUCAGCAUCAACUUUUUACACUUGAUCGGCCCAUGGAAUAGGUGAAGUACAGAACUCUGGUCGAAAACUGUUAUCGUUCUGGUCAAGUCAAUAUACCGUGUACCUGAUAAUGAAUAAGACAUGCUCUGGUGGUGGUCUGUCAUCGUUAUGUGUAACCAGUGUCCUGCU